AUGGACCCUCUGUCGGUAUCCAGUGGCGUUGCCGGUCUGAUUUCGCUCGGACUUACGGUCUGCAAAGGCGUAAACACCUUCUGCCAAGAUUGCAGGUCCCGCAACAUUGACAUUAUCAACCUCAAGAGUCAUGCGCAAAGGCUAGACUCGUUCCUUCAGCUGGUCCAGACUCGUUUACAAGCAAGUCAUCAAGUCGACUCAGCGCUGUCGGCGUCCUUGAAGAACUGUUUUGGUGCCUGUCAGGGAUGCAUCCAGGAAUUUGAAAACCUUGCCAAGAAGCAAACCCGGCCACCAGGGCCAAGAGGGUUCAAGGAAUAUGGCAAAGAUGCCACGAGACAUUUGCAGUACCCCUUCCAAAAGACCAAGUUUGAGAAACUGAAGGCAGAGAUGCAAGAGUUCUACACCGCAAUGACAAAUUAUUUGCUCCUGCUUAACCAGUAUGUCGUAAGAUAUCCCGUUGAAACACUUUGUGAGUUCUAA